AUGCAACAGGGCGCAGGGGGCAGAGUGCAGGAGGUGCCGGAGGAAGAGGAGGGCGACUGGGUAGUGGACUUGCAGGAGCUGUUCAGGCGCUUCGACCGCCGCUUCUUCCAUUCGCGGCUGGCUGCUCGCGGUGGGGUGUUUGUGAACCUUAGCGAGCCCAUACUGCAGUACCGUUCCAAAUCGGACAUCAUCGACGCUCUCUUGCAUGAGAUGAUCCACGCCUACCUGUAUGUCACCCGUGACAAGGACUGGACAGGGCACGGCCCGUCCUUCCUCAACCUCUCCCAAGCAAUCAACAAGUCCGAGGGAACCAACGUCCAGCCGUACCACCACUUCAGGGAGGAGGUCGAAUUCCUAAAGGACACCAGCAACCACAGGUCGAUGCCAAGGACCUCCUCGCCGAAGGUCCCUGCCGCUCCACCAGGAGGUAGGACACUACACCAGUACUUCGCAGUGGCCAGGCAAAAGCUCGAUGACAAGACCGCCUCAGAUGAUAAACAGACCAACAGCGCUGCUCAGGGCGGCCCGAAGGCGGACGAGAGCAAAAGAAAAGAAAAGAAAAAAGAAGAAAAUUAA